AUGACCAUUCAAGGAGUCCUCUCAUAUCUCCUUGCACUGAUCAUUUUCCGCAAUGAUGCAAAGGAAUACAUUAAGGAAUUCGCUAUGGCGGAAGACGAGAUCAAAGACCCAGCUCAUCGUGCGAACCGGCGGGAAAUGUCCAGGCGAUGGUCCUACAGAGUCUUCCUGGUCAUCUUCGCCUUCGGAAUGGCCAGCGUGCCCGAAGAGGGCUUCAAAUAUCUGGCACUGAUGUGCGCUUCCAAAUACGGCACCAUUGCCCACGACCGAGGUUAUCUAAUUGUCCCAACCGCAGCUGCUCUUGGCUUUGCAACUACUGAGAACAUUGCUUUUGUGUACAGCUCAUACAAGAACAGUGGAAGUCUUUUCAAACUUGGCAUCACGAUACUCGAAAGAACGAUUAUUGGACUUCCUGGACAUGUUAUAAGUGCAGCGCUUGUCGUCGUCAAUGUGCUGGCAAGGGAUUCUGUCAACCUCGAAUUCCAUCUGUUUCGGGUUGGAGAGGGACAAAACGUGCUCUUCCUAGGUCAAGCAGGGGCGGAUUGUUGCGACGGCAUCUUUUCGGGUGAAGAGCUAAAUUCUCUUGCUGCCCAGCGCAGCCGCCUGAGCGAAGCCGCUCCGCAGAAAGGAGGUGCGCUGAUCCAGCUAAUCGCGACAAAGCAGAUCCUGUUUGAGCAAGAUAAGUUUCAGUAUGUAAUCGAUAUUCCAGCAAAGUGGAAUACUCUUUGUGAUGAAAUAUAUCCAUGGUCCUUUAAGGGACAUCGCGGCUGCCACACUCAGUACCGUCAUUACUAUUAUGGAUAUCUCUGGACGCUGGAAAUGCGUUGUGCUAUCACCACUACCCAUUUUGUUUAUAAAUAUCGAGCUUUGAUGUGUCAAGACCACUGUUUCUAG